UAACAAACUUAAAUGUUCCCCCAAAAUAAAAAGAAGAAGAAAUUGAGAAAUAAUAGAAAACAGAGUGCGAGUGAGGGAAUGAGUAGGAAGAUAACAAAGUUUGGUUGAUCUAUUCGGUUCCUUCAUCCUCUGGGGUUUUCUUCCAAUCCAACCAGCCGCCAUCAAACGAAGCGGUGCUCUUUUACAACAACCACCAUCCUUGCUUAUUUUCGUGUCGGUACGAUGUAUUUUUUGUUUCUUCUCUCUAAUACCCCCAUUUCCACUUAAUUACUUACUUUCCUUAUUUGGACCCCUUAAACCCUCCAACAUUUCCUUCUAUUCCUUACCAAAUUACUCAUCCAACAAGCUGCUAAGAUGUGGAAACAACUUGCUACAUAGUUCUGUCUUCAUUUCAAUGGAUCCUGCUAAUAAAGAAGAAAAGACUACCCAUGUAAUUGGGGAUCAACCAACCAGUGAUGUUGUGGUGAGGCUUCGCACACAGGAAGGUCGAGACGAUUGGCUGUACUGCCACUCUGAGAUUCUUACCAAAAAUUGCAAGUAUUUCGCCGACCGGCUAUCUGAGAACUGGCCAACAUGUCAGAUCCUUGGUUCUCGUCACUGUGUCGAUGUCUAUUGCCAAGAAUUGGAUUUUGAUUACCAUGUGAAUCUCAUACGCCUUCUAUACGUUAACAUUGAUGAUUCAGGUGACGAUAUGUGGCAUGGUGUUAGAAAUGCGCUCGGCAUUCUUCAGGUGGCAGUUGAGCUUGAAUGCCCACAAAUUGUUACUGCAUGUGUGAACUACUUAGAAGCAGUCGCAUGGGAGGAGGCCGAGGAGGAGGAGAUAUUGAGACUUGUACCUCGAAUGGGGUUACAAGCAGAGCCUAUUCUAGCUAGACUUCAGCCGGUCAGCCAGUCAGCUUUGACAAACAUCUUUGUCUCGGCUAUUCGAUUUGCCACAUCAUCUCCUCCACCCGAAAUGAAUGAUCUCAAGUCUUCAGCGCAAGAGCAGCUCGAGUAUAUGAUAACUGAAGAUGAUGAUGCUCCUUUAUUGACAGCUGAUGACAACAUAAGACACGAGGUCAUAGACUGUUUAAACAGAUUGUUCUCUAGGUUUAACAACUCAGUAAUAGCUCCAUUCUGUGAUUCUGCAGAAUCGCUCUCCGAGGCAGGGAAUAUUCAGUUGUUUCUGUCAUAUUUGACUGAUUUGUCAUGGGUCUCACAGAUACUUAGUAAGUUGGAGAUAAUGAGAGAACUUGUUGAGUAUUGGUUUGAUGUAUCAGAAAAGAUUGUUAAGGUGCUUGAGCAAGGAAGUUCUGCGAAGGAAGUAACCGAGAUGAAGCUCCGGGCAAUUGAGGUGACAUCAAAGGUUCUAGAGGCAAUCGGGUAUGGUAGUGUCAUACUGCCAACUGCAAAACGGCUUCAGAUUUUGAAAGUGUGGCUUCCAUUUGUGAGGGUUACAAAACCGAUGAUCGAUUCUGCCAUAAUGAAUGGUGAAGAUGGCAUGGUGAUUAAGAUGGAUGGAGAGCUAUGGCAAUCCCUAGAGUCUUCUUUUGUUUCCAUUAUUCUUGCGUUACCAUCUGCAGAUCAGGCAGAGGUUUUAACUGAAUGGUUGGAAAAUGAGUGUAUUCGGUAUCCGGACCUAACUGAGGCAUUUGAAGUAUGGUGCUACAGGUCUAAGGUAGCUAAGAGAAGAUUGUCAUUGCUAGGGGAUGAUCAUGCCAUGACCAACUCCAUUUGAAAAUUUCACAGAUUCAGUUUCUUUCUAAUGAACUAUUUAGAACUGCUUAUCCAAAGAUUCCUAUCAAGGCAUUUAGAAGAGAAUAUGAACCCUUUUUUUUCGGCUUGUGAAUGGAAAUUUUGGUAGGAGCCAUCCAAAUCUGAUCAUCUCCAUUCACUACAACAGUUCAAUGUAAAUUGCAUUGUAGAUUUUGUAAAACGUUGUUAGUUUUAACUAUAAAAUGUAGAAAAUGUAUUUUGAGA